CUUUUGAGGAGGUAGGACAAAGAGAAGCAAGUUUGGCAGGUGGCACCCGGCAUUUCAUCACUGCAACGAGCGCAGUUGGAGGCCUCGGCGCUUGGAUGCUGUCCCCACUCUCGCCCUAAAGUUGCUACUGUUUCGUCGUUUCUCAUGUGGUCUAUUUUGAUGCCGUCGUGCAUGACGUUUUCAGCCAUGGAGCCGCGCACCCGUUUGCCGAGUCAUCGGAGCUGCUCUUGCAAGGGGCACUGGAUCUUUGUCGGGGUGCUAGGCACGGCGCUCGUGGGUGUGUUUGCGACGGGGACGGAGUGGCAACUCCUCCACCGUGGCAACGCAGCCAAAGUCCAUGUCAUGAACAACUGGGCGGUACCCGCCGACGCACCAGCAAACGCGAUAGCACAAGGCUUACACGUUGAAAGCAGCCCACCACCGCAACGCGUCGACCCGUCUCCAUUUACGUCGGGUCUUCCGUUGGUUUCGUUAUCCAACCCUCACGUCGUCCAUGCCACUGACGACGCCACGCCAUCGACGUCUCCACGACCGGACCGUGCCACCACCCAGUCCACAACGAUACCUACAACGGCACGCAGCACAGAUGACCGUCGCGAUGCGUUUGAAAACGUAGCAAUCGUCGCGUACGUUCCGCCAGGGCAGUCCAAAUUUGUACGGGAGGCGCAGCACAUGCUAUGGGCGUCAUGGAACUACUCAACUUCCCAAGUGUCUGGGUCAACUCGAGGCAAGACAGAUUUGAUCUUCUUUGCCCAUCGAGACGUCAUGGAUCGAAUGCCGGCAUCGUGCGCACGGCUCACCGAUAUCACACACGUGCCGCCACAGUCGGACCAAGACCAGUGCUUUGUUGUCGAGCAAACGCCGACGGCCGACGACUACUGGCACCGGUACUCGUUUAUGUUUAGCCUGUCGUUCCUCGCUGAGCCAAGGUUUCAACGGCUCCUGGCGUCGUACAGCCGCCUCCUGCGCACGGACACGGAUGUGGUCGUAACCCCGGCGUUCCUGACGUUCCGUCCUCGGCAAUUUGUCGUCGGGCGAGGCGGGUACAUGGACGAAGAGUACACGAAAGGUCGCAUCAAGGAGCUGGCGGCAGACGUGGGCAUGACGCACCAGAGUGUGUACAAUGUCGGGUCGACGUGGUUUGGAAAUGCAUCGGUCAUUCUCGAGAUGGUGCCCAAGAUGCUGGACGUGGCCAAGUUCAUCUUGGAAAGCCCCAAGUACGGAGUCGAUCAAGGGUUUCCGAGGUGGCAUGUCGGGGUCGCGUCCAUGUACGCGGGCGAGGUCGUCGUGAACCAUUUCAUUCCGAAACAAGACGUGUGGUUGAACAUGGAGAGCAUCGACAUCAACUGCAAUGGCGAUGAAGCGACGGCCGACGUGUACCAUAGCCACUGCUGGCCAGGAGAGUACCAGGGGUACUUUAAGAAGUGGGCGUUCGAGCGCGGCGAGUACACGUCCGAGGCGUUCCCUCGUGCUACGUUGAACAUUUCAGUCAUCCGGGAUUACUUUAUGGCGAUGGCAGUGUAUGGGUAUUAAAACACGGCACCUUGUCUUCGCUCCAACGACUGUCGGGGCGCCACGGGGAAACAAGUGCCGCGGGAAUGUCUGGGGCGGUCGCUCUCGGACGCGUUGGCGCUUUCUUGUCCAUGCACGCCCGACGGCAGCUUGCGCGAGCUGCGCUUAUAUAAAUCGUUGACAACCUGUCGAAUGGUCGGUGGCGCUUUGCCCACGACCUGCGACAACACGAUGCCGGCACCACACAUGUCCCUAGACGUUUGUC